CGGAGGAUCAGCGAUGUUGGAGCUGAGAACUCUCUGAGGAAAUGUUUCCUCCAUGACAUGCGCAUGAUCUCGCGCGUCAGGCACCCAUGCAUCACAACGGUGAUCGGAGCAGUGACGGCUGGUCGCUCUGGCUCGUCGCUGGUGCUGGAGUACAUGGAGUACGGGUCGCUCUACGACUUGUUGAGGAACAACACAGUCAGGCUGGAGACAGAGAUCAUGCUUGACUUGCUGCAGGACAUCACGAGCGGCAUCAUCUUCCUCCACAACUCGAACCCCGUCAUAUGUCACAAGGACCUCAAGUCUCAGAACGUUCUCAUUGACGAGAACUUCCGAGCCAAGAUCACAGACUUCGGCCUGUCCCAGAAGGAGAAGCUGGGCCAGCUCUCCUUUGCCUGGCUCGCCCCUGAGGUGAUCAACGGCGGCGACUUCACCGUCCAGAACGACUCGUACGCCUUCGGCAUCCUCCUCUCUGAAAUCUACAGCCGCAAGGAUCCUUACGAAGGGGAGGACAUCAGCACCGUCCUCCGGGAAGUCGCUGACCUGGGAAGGGAGGUGGACAAAAGACCCUCCCUCCCUCCCAACGUCCCUGGCGAGAUCCUGGGAUUGAUCAAGGACUGCUGGCACAAGCAGCCCGAGUACCGCCCGCUCUUCCCCGAGAUCUCUCGCAGGCUCAAAGCUCUC